GUGCGUCUCGAGUGGCCCACCGACCUGGCCGUCAACCCCCUGGACAACUCCCUCUACGUCCUGGACAACAACAUCGUCAUCCAGGUGUCGGAGAGCGAGCAGGUGCGCAUCGUGGCCGGGCGGCCCAUCCACUGCCAGGUGCCGGGGAUCGACCACUACCUGGUGAGCAAGGCGGCCGUGCACUCCACGCUGGAGGCAGCCAAGGCCAUCGCCGUGUCCCACCGGGGGGCGCUGUACAUCGCCGAGACUGACGAGAGGAAGAUCAACCGCAUCCAGCAGGUCACCACCAACGGGGAGAUCUCUGUCAUCGCUGGGGCGCCCUCCGAGUGCGACUGCAAGAUCGACCCCAACUGUGACUGCUUCUCAGGCGACGGCGGCUACGCCAGAGACGCCAAGCUGAAGGCACCCUCUUCCCUGGCCGCGUCCCCCGACGGCGCGCUGUACAUCGCCGACCUGGGCAACGUGCGCAUACGCGCCCUCAGCCCCAACCGGCCGCAUCUUAGCCCCACCCGCAUGUACGAGGUGGCGUCUGCGUCAGACCAGGAGCUCUACCUGUUCAGCGUCAACGGCACUCACCUGCACACCAAGAACCUCAUCACCGGAGACUACAUCUACAACCUGACCUACUCAGCCGACGGGCACGUCAUCGGCGUCACCGGGAGCAACGGCGACUCCGCCCACAUCCACCGCGACGCCAACGGCGUGCCCCUGUGGCUGGCGGCCCCUGGGGGCCAGGUCUACUGGCUGACCGUCAGCAACAACGGCGCUCUGAAGAGGGUUUCCGACCAGGGCCACGACCUUGCGCAGGUCACCUACCACGGAAACACCGGUCUCCUAGCAACCAGCACCAACGAGAACGGCUGGGCCACAGUCUAUGAGUAUAACUCUGAAGGCCAUCUCAUCAAUGUCACUUUUCCAACGGGGGAAGUCAGCAGUUACCACGGUAACAUGGAGAAGUCUGUCAGGGUGGAAGCAGAGACAUCACAUCAAGAGAACUUCAUCACGGCAACCAACUUCUCAGGCAACACGAUCUACACACUGCGUCAAGAGCACUCCCAGAACACGUACCGCGUCAGUGCCGACGGCUCGCUCCGCGUCACGUUCAGCAGCGGCAUGGAGGUGACGCUCAGCACAGAGCCUCACAUCUCCUCCGGCGUGGUCAGCCCCACGGUGGGCCGGUGUAACAUCACCCUGCCCGGGGAGCACGGCCCCAGCCUGAUCGAGUGGAGGCAGAGGCGUGAGCCUGCCAAGGGGAACUACACCACCUACGAGCGUCGGCUGAGGGCUCAUAACAGAAAUCUGCUGUCCAUAGACUUUGACCAAGCCACACGAGUGGGCAAGAUCUAUGAUGACCAUCGCAAAUUUACCCUCAGGAUCCUCUAUGACCAAAUGGGACGCCCCAUUCUCUGGUCUCCUAGUAGCAAAUAUAAUGAGGUGAAUGUGUCUUACUCUGCCACGGGCCUGAUCACCAGCAUUCAGCGAGGAAACUGGUCAGAGAAACUCGAGUAUGACAAUGGAAGAGUGGUCUCCAGAACCUGGGCCAAUGGGAAGAUAUGGAGCUACACCUUCCUGGAGAAGACGGUCAUGCUGCUCCUUCACAGUCAGCGCAGGUACAUAUUCGAGUUCGACCAGACGGACCGCCUCCUGUCCGUCACCGUGCCCAGCAUGGUGAGGCACAGCAUGCAGUCCCUGCUGUCGGUGGGCUACUACCGCAACAUCUACAGCCCGCCGGACAGCAACGGCACCUUCAUCCAGGACUACGCCCGCGACGGCCGCCUGCUCCAGACCCUGUUCCUGGGCACGGGCCGCCGCACCCUCUACAAGUACACCAAGCAGUCCCGUCUGGCCGAGAUCCUGUACGACACCACCCUGGUCACCUUCACUUACGACGAGGCCUCGGGCGUGGUCAAGACCAUCCACCUCAUGCACGAGGGCUUCAUCUGCACCAUCAGAUACAGGCAGACAGGUCCUCUUGUUGGGCGACAGAUCUUCAGGUUUAGUGAAGAAGGGCUAGUGAAUGCUCGAUUUGACUACAGCUACAACAACUUCAGAGUGACCAGCAUGCAGGCCAUGAUCAACGAAACACCACUGCCCAUCGACCUCUAUCGCUAUGUGGACGUGUCUGGGCGAGUAGAGCAGUUCGGCAAGUUCAGCGUGAUCAACUACGACCUCAACCAGGUCAUCACUACCCAUGCCAUGAAACACACCAAGAUCUUCAACGCCAACGGACAGGUGAUCGAGGUCCAGUACGAGAUCCUGAAGUCCAUAGCCUACUGGAUGACCGUGCAGUAUGAUAGCAUGGGCCGUACCACCACGUGCGACAUCAGAAUCGGCGUGGAAGGCAACAUCACUCGCUACUCAUAUGAGUAUGAUGCUGACAGCCAGCUCCAGAGCGUCUCGGUGAACGACCGCCCGCAGUGGCGCUACAGCUACGAUCUGAACGGCAACAUCAACCUUCUGAGCCACGGGAACAGCGCCCGGCUCACCCCGUUACGCUACGACCUGCGUGACCGCAUCACCAGGCUGGGGGAGAUACAGUACAAAGUGGAUGAGGACGGCUUCCUCCGUCUGCGGGACAACAACGUGUUUGAAUACAACUCCAACACCCUCCUGACCAAAGCUUACAACAAGGUGUCCAAGCAGAGUGUGCAGUACCGCUACGACGGUCUGGGCCGACGGGUAGCCUGCAAGGGGAGUUCCGGCCAGCACCUCCAGUUCUUCUACGCGGAUCUCACCAAGCCAUCCAGAGUCACCCACAUAUACAACCACACCAGCUCCCAAAUCACCUCCCUGUACUACGACCUUCAGGGUCACCUCAUCGCCAUGGAGCUGAGCAGCGGGGAGGAGUACUACGUCGCCUGCGACAACUCGGGCACCCCUUUGGCGAUUUUCAGUAGCCGGGGGCAAAUUGUCAAGGAGAUUUUGUACCCUUACGGGGACAUAUACCAGGACUCCAAUCCCUCAUUCCAGCUUAUAAUUGGUUUCCACGGUGGCCUCUAUGACCCGCUGACCAAGCUCGUUCACCUGGGGAGGCGGGACUAUGAUGUGGUCGCGGGCAGGUGGACAACACCAAAUUAUGACUUGUGGUCAGAGCUCAGUGUCAACCCAAGACCCUUCAACCUUUACUCCUUCAAAAACAACUGUCCGGUGGGGGAGCUGCAAGAUGUCACUCGGUUCACAACAGACAUCGGCAGCUGGCUGCAGCUGUUUGGCUUUCAGCUUCACAACGUGGUGCCAGGGUUCCCCAAACCGGACGUGGACAGCACAGAGCAGACAUACGAGCUCAUGAAGACCCAAACCAAAACCACAGAGCAAGGUGGGUCUGUGGUUUUGGGUAUCCAGUGUGAGCUGCAGAAGCACCUGAGCACAUUCAUUUCUCUGGACCGUCUGCCCAUGACUCGGGCCAGCGGCUCCAUCGGUCGAUACUCGGGCCGAGGGCCGCGCUUCUCCGCCUUCCCCUCGCUGUUCGGGAAGGGCGUCAGGUUCGCCGUGGUGGAAGACCUGGCCACCGCCGACAUCAUCGGGGUGGCCAGCGAGGACAGCCGGCGGGUGGCCACCAUCCUCAACAACGCCGUGUACCUGAGCGGGCUGCACUUCACCGUGGACGGCCGCGACACGCACUACUUCAUCAAGCUGGGCCCUCUGGAGGAGGACCUGAGCGCCAUGGGGGGAACGGGCGGCGGCAGCGUGCUGGAGAGCGGGGUCAACGUGACCGUGUCGCAGAUGACCUCGGUGGUGAACGGGAGGACUAGGCGCUUCGCCGACAUCCAGCUGCAGAGGGGCGCCCUGUGCUUUAACGUCCGCUAUGGGGCCACGGUGGAGGAGGAGAGGGAGCACGUCCUGGAGAUGGCGCGCCAGCGGUCCGUGGAGCAGGCCUGGACUCGCGAGCAGAAGAGGCUACGUGAGGGCGAGGAGGGCGUGCGGGCGUGGACCGAGGGCGAGAGGCAGCAGCUGCUCGCCACGGGGAGGGUGCCCGGCUACGACGGCUACUUUGUCCUGUCCGUCGAGCAGUACCUGGAACUUUCCGAUAGUGCCAACAACAUUCACUUUAUGAGACAGAAUGAAAUAGGAAGGAGGUAA